UUGCAACUCUUAUGGGUACAUUGGUGUAGAGAUCGUCAAUCGGAGCCGCGGUCUCUGCCGCGACGCAUUGGCGUAAUAAGAAAGAAAAAGGAAGUCGUAAAGUGGUACAGCCUGAACUGUUUCCCGCGAGAUGGACGUUCAGAGGAAAUAGAGGCUUUCAGAAGAACAUUUGAGGGUGUAAGGGAGUCAUUCGUCACUCGCCAGACAUUAGCCGUCAGAUGCCUCAUAAGGAUCCAGGUCUGUUCCACAUAACAACUACGGGUCCUGACAAGGUCAGUGUUUAUGCCUGAAAAGGUCCUAAAGAGGGAACAACAAAAAGAAGGACACCCACACAAACGGACAUGGACAAAGAGUGUGCGUCGCUGCUACCCCAGGUCUGUGAGGUGCUGCUGGACUCGGGUUCCUCUCUGCCUGAUGAUACCAGCCUGGAGAAACUGCUGGACUGGUUCUCAGGACUCAUAGAAUCUGGUGAAGGUGGAGCUCUGCUGGAGGCCCACCCAUGUCUACUCGAAUUCAUAUCAGCUGUGGUUCACAAACCGUCAUCGGACCCCAGUGUCAUCUCUUUUGCGCUCAAAGUCUGCGGCUUAGUAGCUGCAGCUGAAGACGCCUUCAAAAUGCUUCAGGCACGCUUUAUUCUGGACCUUGCCUUUAACCAUCAACACUGGCACAGAGCAGGACUUUGGGAGGAUCCUUGUGUUCGGGUUGGUUGGAUCCAGGGUUUGAGGAAGAUGCUGCAGCACUCGGAGGCUCUCCAUUUCUUUGUGCAAGCAGAUUUAAUUUCAGAGCUGCUCCAACUCCAAACUGACUCCAGUCUAUUUGUCGUCUCCGCUGCAAAUCAGCUACUGGCCCACAUCCUGCUCUUCUUUCAGCCAGCGUUUUCCACAAGACGCAACGGCGUACAUAUGGAACAUAGGGAUGACAUGAUGUCACACGCCCGCAUCACUGAGACAGAUCAACCAGAAGUCCACACGGAAACCAGCAAAAGUUACGCUGCUGUUGUCGUGACGAUCUUAGAGUAUCUCAACGAGUCACUGGUGACCAAAGACAACUCUCAGCUCCGUCAGAGUCGGCAGAUCCUCAAAGUUCUGGUUCUGCUCCUGGCCCAGGCUGGGCCGUUUCUCCGGGACCAGCUGCUUCAGUCUGUCACAGACUCUCUGGAGGAGCUGGUGACAGCAGGUUACAGUCAACUCACGCUCCCUCUAAUGGACGUCAUUCUGGCUGCACACAGCAGCCUCAGCCCUGAUGAAUGUGUCCCAGACCAACGAAUGGGCCGCCUUCUGUCAUCCAUGCUGAACGUGAACAAACCCUCUGACCUCAUUCAUGCUGCGGCUGCUGUUCUCCACAGAGGCCACCAGGACACUGUCCACACAGCCCGAGCUGUGAGAAUACUACUGCUACCCCUCGACAUUAUCACCGGUCACACUCUGCUGGGCACAAACACAGCAGAUGAAGAGCAUCGGUGUUCGAUGGCAAAGCAGCUGAAGAGUAAAACAUCCUGCAUCUCUCUCAUCUGUGUCUGUCUGACGAACGCACCACACGUCACCCUCAUGCCUGCUGACGUACUCCCCUGUCCUCCAUGUUCAAUCGUCGGUGCAGUUGUGUCGUUGUUGAGUAUCUGCAACGGUUGUGUCUCCUCCUCGUCCUCUGGCCACGCGGAGGUUUUCAGGAACGUCAUUGGCAGCAGCAAAGUUCAGAAAUGUGCCCUCGAGGCUGUGACACGUCUCAGCAGCAGCCCAGGAGUAAAAGAUGAGCUGACUGAGGUGUUUACAGUUCUGAUCCGAUAUCUGAGCAAUCCCGACUCUGACCGGACUGUAAUACACAAAUCCUACCAGGCCUUAGUGAAGUGGACGAUUGUGUGUAAAGACCUCUCUUCUAUUAAAGACCAGCUCAGACAAGAUCUCACUGAUGUUGUAAAGAAACGUGUGUGUGACAUGCGCUGGGAGGUGAGGGACUCGACGGUGGAGUUUCUGGGACAAUUGGCAGGUGUCCUGAAGUCACCUGAGGUGGCGAGGGACACAUCUGAGGCUCUAUUGGACAGCUGCUGUUGUCUCACGCUCCUCAGGGAGGCGUUGCGGGAUCCAGAGAGUUAUGUAAGAGCCAGCACCAUCGCAGCGCUGGGACAGACACUGGCGCACAGCUGGCAACAGGGGGCGGCACUGACUGAGGAGCAGACAGAUGUAGUGAACCAGCUGCUUGAAAUUCUCUCCCAGGACACAGAGGGAUUUGCCAGGAGGGCUGUUAUGCAAUAUUUCCUCGCCUGGUUUUCUUCAUGUGCCUCACACACAUCUCCACCCUCCUCCUCCCGUUCCUCCCUGCUGAUGAGCUCCUUGAGCUCCGUCCUCUCUCUUGGCACUGCAGAUCUGGACUGGGAAGUCAAAGUUCACUCUUUGGAACUAGCUGAGCUGCUGCUGGACGAAGCUUUUUCAGGUUGCCCUGGUUACAGGAAGCCUUCAGAGAGACCUUGUGCCUCACUGCACCCAUACGCUGUGGUUUCCGAUCAGACCUACGCAGUCCACAGACACACACCGGGUGUGGAGUCCGAUUUGUCGGGUGUGUUAAACAAUCUGGUAAAGCAGGGAGUUGUCUCUGCGCUGCUGAGCGGUCUGGUUGACUGUGAUAGACCGGUGGGUCUGAAGGCCUGUCAACUCCUGAUUUCACUCAGAGAAGCAGUGGGCCCGCCGUCAAAGGAUGAAGUGAAUGCAACUCCUACCACUGCAGCUGUCACCAAGGUGACCUGUGAAGUGCCCAGCUGCGGCUGGGGGAAGGAGAUCAGAAGAAUACUGGGCAUGAAGACGUGCGAUGAGGAUGAAGAGACGGAUUUGACUGCUGACGAGUGCGGGGACACGAGAAAGCAAGGCAAGGGCGAAGGAGGCCGCAGCGUGUCUGUCAGCGUGCGUGAAAUGUUGAGGUCUCUGGGUUUGGAUGCGAGGCUGGACAUACUGAGUCAAAGCAGUGACCACGUACACAACUCUCCUCUCUCUCUGCUGCAGGACAUAGUGAUGUCCAGUGCUACACACACUCAAGCAAACACACAACCAGGGCAAGAAGUCAUCGUGGACUGCUAUUGACACAAGCGCACACGCACACACACACACACCAACAGUUAUAGACAGCCUUAUGUUGGUUUAUCAGGGUUUUGGUUUGUGUCGCUCUGUACUGAUUUAUUGUAUUGUGUUUCUGUGUAUAAUACAGUAAAAGGUAGUGAUUUGUU